AUGGACGACAAAGUCGUCGUCACCUCAAUUCGUCUUACAUCUUCCAAACUGCACGAGGUUAAGCUUACAAGAGAGAAGAUCCCAAAUGGUCCAGCGAGGUUUUCCGGGCAUUUAGCCGACUCAAUCAAUGUUGUGUGUCGUACUAUCGCCAUCGAAAAUACUGGAGCAGGCCGAAGAUUUUUAUCUGGCUCCAUCUUGACCCACCUGUCUGCAUACCUCAGUUCUAUCGAUGGGACUAAGAUACAAAUCAUUCCCUUUGACGAGUCCGACGUCAUUGACAUGGGUCCGAUUGUGGACUUCGUAGUCUCCAAAGGUGGAACGCCAAUUGGAAGACGUUUAGUUAAGAUGCCUAAGAUUUUCACGACAAACGUAGAUGACAUGGCCAGCCAUCAGUUUUGCGCGGUUUUCCAAACUGACCACCUAACCCCGAGUAUGACCUUAAUCAACCAGUAUGUACCACUCCUGGAAAAUUUUUGCCGUCGUCCUGGCGGCUUGAAUGCCCUCCGAGGGUGUGUUACCAAUGGCUUCGACUGGAAGUUCUUCGUUUUCCGAGUCCAGAAUGACAAGGAAAAUAAGGGGGAGCUUUUGCUCUUCGACCCUAUAAUUUCUUACACUGACCUUAGGUUGCAGCUUACCUGCAUAAUUCAGGUGAAAAAUUGUAGGGAUGCAAACCUGCAGUUUUGUGGGGUCGUGACUUGCCAACCGACAGAAGAAAUGACGCAGAAAAAGGCUCAAGAUGACGUUUCCGACACAGAGAAACUGGGUCAACAAGUGGACAAAAUUCUUUCAAAGCUGAAGGGAAAACGGCGGAAAGCAAAGGAAAAGCAGGUUUCGACCGAAAAUGUAAACCAAGUUGACGGUCAAAGCCUGAUGGUCUUAAAAAGCGGUGUCUUAAACGACGACGACUCAGAAAGAGCAACAGAAAGUCACUCGAAGAUUCCGGGCAGUUCGCGGAAGAGAGUACGAAAUAAUGUAGGAGAUGCGGAUGAUGGGCUAAAGAAGAAGAGAAGAAGAAAAAAGAGGGAAACUUGA